AUGCCUUCCAACCCAGAAGGACCCCCCAGCGAUGUUCCAGAGAGUAGUCGCCCGUCGAUAACAUCUACAUCAACUCUCGGAAGAGCUACUCCAAUAAUUCACGAUCAACCAAGCACCGAGCGCAGUUCCAGAACAUUAUCGUCCUCAACUCGCACUACGAAUGACUACUUGCCGUCUUUAAUCGUUCCUAGAGCGCGCAACCGACCGUCCACAAAUCAAACAACGAGUACCUCGACACUCAACGGAUCUGAAUCAGAACGCCUCGCCUAUACAAAUUUUAGGGCUAGAAAUGUUGAUCGAACUCGGCGUCCCAGUGAUCGAGUUGAACCUUACACCUUAACUUAUCAAGGUGACAGAAGUUAUAGGUCACGUGCGCGUCUCUCGGACGAUCCCGACGAGACAGCCUCUGAUGCGCGCACUAGAGUUGGCGGUAAUUACGCUUCCCAUGUACGACCCAUGAGGGAUCUUAAUCGAGACUAUACUCCGACACUAUAUGAUCCUUUGCCGGCUGUAGCAGAUAUAGGCAAUCUCUUUGCCGCGAAUCGCACUGCACGCUAUGUUUCGAGAAGAACUAGGCCUUUCCCGCUUAGAACAUCUAUAGAUCCGCCGGAUGACGGUCGAGUCUACACUCGGAGAAUACAAAAUCGCCCGCGUUUCAUAACCACAAGCUCUGUCAACAUCACGAAUCCUAUUUCAGUCUCUCCUCGGAUCAGUGAGCAAGCACACGCAACCCCUGAAGUCAGCUCAACACAAGUUCCCGAGGCCAGCAGUGAGCAAGCGCAAACAACUCCUGACAUCAACUCACCACAAGUUCCCGAGGAACCAACCGCCGUUGGCAUAAAUGAUUGUCCAAUCUGUCUCUGUCCUCUUCCCGCUCCUCCCAAUGCCGUCCUCGUGCACCCAUGCAAUCACGAAUUCUGUCUUGUCUGUAUCCAGACCUGGAUUCAAACCCAACGACAAAGACCCAACGUCCGACCUGUAAACUGUCCCUUCUGUCGGGGUCCCAUCAACAGAAUCGUCGACCGAGAUGGAAAUAUUGUAGAAUAUCAAAGAAACAUUGUCCCAGAUGCCAUUACCGACGCUCGGGAAAGAUUGAGAAGAUUGCUUGGAGGUGCGGUUGCGAAUGUCGCUGAUCCAACGCCAAGAGCAUCGAGCACAAUCGGUGGUGGGUUUGAUGAGCUUAGAAGAACAUUGAAUAGGGUGGGACCUGCGGGAAAUAUUCGUGAGCAGAUUGCAAGAGUACGAGCAAGAUUGGGUGAUGCGGAUGCAGAUUCGAGUCGUCCGGCAAACCCACUUGAUUUACCUAACGGAGCUUUGGGCUGGUGGACUUGA